CUCCAAACUUUUUACUUGCUCUAAAGUGGACUUCUAUCAUAAUAAAUUAUUAUAAAAUUUUAUUUUCUUAUUAUCGUCAAUUUAAUUGAUAACAUAUCGACUGAAAUAAAUUGCGAGCUUAUCGCAAUCGUAUUUACCACGCCUCCGUUUUAAUAAAUAGUUCAUUAACAGCUGUUAAAGUGACCGAACGUCUAUGAAAGUUUACGUAGAUAAGAUUAAAGUUUAUUUAUGUGUUGAUAAUUAUUGAUAAUAAAUAGUGUUCGGUAUGUCGGUGUUGAACAACUUUACAGUGACCAUAGCUAAAGGAUUGCGCCGUUUAAGGAAGACGGAAAUAUGCGACAGAAUACCAGAUCGACGGCAGCACGGCUCCAAGGACCAGAGGCUGAUGAUGGAGAAGUGUCUCAUAGUGUCCAAAGUGACCAGAUACGAAUAUGAAAAAUUAACAUACAACGAGGAGUUAAUAAAUUGGUGCGACGUGGUGGUACCGUGUGGUGGCGAUGGUACCUUCUUAUUGGCAGCGUCUAGGGUGCGGGAUGCGAAUAAACCAGUGAUAGGCUUCAACAGCGCACCGCACAAGUCGGUGGGCCGGCUCUGCCUGCCCACCUGGUGCUCAAACGACGUUAAGGGCGCGUUGCAUGCACUAAAAGAGGGUAGAUUCAGAUGGAUGCGCCGCUCGCGAAUACGCACCACUAUAACGUGCGAGCCGAAGCUGUUGGACACUAUAACGCCGGUGGACUUGCACACUUUGCACUAUUGUAGAUACCCGCCGGUAUCGAACCCGGAGGACGGGCAAGAAGCGAGCGUACGGCGUACGGACAGACAAACAGACGAAGCCAGUUCGAGCUUGGCCACUAAAGUAUUGCCGUUUUUGGCCUUAAACGAGGUAUUUAUAGGCGAGAGUGUCACAUCGAGGGUGUCUCUGCUUCGAUUGAAAAUAGACAACGGCAAAUGGACGCACACAAAGAGUUCCGGCUUGUGUGUGACCACGGGUACCGGUAGUACCUCUUGGCAUUACAGUAUAAACUGCCUCCGCACACACUCAGUAUUGGAGCUGAUGAAGAUAUUAAAGGAAGAAUACAAUAUCAGUCUGGACACUUCGUUAGAGAAAGCGCGGGAAGUCACUGAGAAAUAUAAUACGAAGUUGAUAUUCCCGCCCGACUCGGAGCAGCUGGCGUACUCAGUGCGCGAGUACAUCACGUUCGAGGAGUGGCCGGCGCCGCGCGGGCUGCGCGUGCGCGCCGCCGCGCGCUCCGUGCGCGCCGUCUCGCACUGCACGGACGCAGGCUUAGUUAUAGACGGUAGUGUAUCGUUUCCCUUCAACGAUGGAACGCAGGCGCACCUCGAGAUACAUCCAGAGGACUCGCUCAUGACUGUAUGUAUGGAUGAUACGCUGCCUUAUACGACUUAAAAAUGACAAUUUUUUUUUGUGCCCAGUCUGAAUGUUGUUAGGUCUUCGUGGAUGUUUGUGAGGUGUGUUGUCUGCUUUAGUGCUAUCUUGACAGCAGUGUUUCAGUAGAUAGGGUUAAUUUGUAAUUCGUGGCGAGUCUAAAUGUUAAUAAAGCUUUUAUGACACAACUAAAUCUAUUUACUAGUUGUCCGCCCAGGAUUCGAUCGUGGUACAUAAAGCCAGGGAUCACGAACAUGGUGAAAGAAUUUUUGCGUUCGGUCCAAUAGUUCCCGAGAUUGGCGCGUUCAAACAAAAAAACUCUCCAAGCUUUUCGUUAUUAUCAUAGAUUUGCGGUUAAUAUUAUAAAAACAAUGUGUAAUUUGCCUUCUCUGAAUGUUACAUAGCUACUAUUAGGACACAGACGUAUCUAAAUCUUAUAAAGUCUACUUCAGUUAUCUAUGGUUUAGUCUAUCAUUACAUCAAUUUGUUGUUUCUGUCACGUCUGAAUGUUAAUAGAGCUACUUAUAAAGAAUUUUGAAUUAGUGCCUAGUCUAGAUAUUGUUAAGUCUACUUGAACAAAAAAAUCGCUAUUAUACAAUAAAAGAUGACGUUUCUUUUUUAUUAAUGCGCAUAAGAAAAUGUGAAUUGAGUUAAGUCUAUAUAAAUAUGAAUAAUUUUGUAUAGGUGCUGUAAUUAUUAUGUAUGUUUGUAUAUCGCUAUAAUCUCGCGGGAUGGAUUAUAAUCUAAUCGAUAAUAAUAUGACAAAUUGACAAAAAAAAGAACUCGUUUUUAACUCUUACCUUUCUUAAAGGUGAAUAAAUUAUCCUAGAUAUAUGUAUUUGAGAUUAUCAGAAACGGCGUAGCAGAUUUUGAUGCGAGUUGUAUUUGCAAAAUGUUGUAUGAAGACUGAAUUUUACGAUUCUAUUUAAGGUUACAGUUGGAUAAUUCGAGUGAUAUACAAAGCAUGUUUUAUAAUUUAGAGCAACUAAAUGUAUGUACACUAAAUGAAGUUAUCACUUGUAAUUUCAUUAAUUUUAAUGCGUUUUUAAAAUCACCUGUAAGCGCAGUGGUAAUUUGAUGAAAUAUUUUAAACCUUUUUUCGCAAUUCGAUUCCCGAUGAAACCAAAAUUAUGUUAGCAUCACAAUGGAUAUAUUUUUUUUAUAAUAUACAACUUCAGUUUAUAAAUAAUUGCCAUGCCUAUCCUUAAAAUGAAAUAAUAUUAUGAAUACAAUCGAUAUAUUUGAUAAAUAUAGUAUUUUUCAAUAUUAAAUUGACUGUAAUUAUCAAAGUGUAAAUUAUAUCGAAUCAGUGU